AUGGCUUCAACAUGUUUUCCCGAUGUUUUAAAUCCAUUUUGUCGUCAAUCGAUAUGCGUUUCAGCAUGCUCAGAUCAAAUAGCUCUAGCAACAUCAUCAUCUUUAGUCUAUCUUUACACAUUUUCAAAUCAAAAUUUAGUAUUUAAUACGAAAUUUUCUCCGCAUUCAAAAUCUUUAUCAUGUAUGGUAUAUCAUCCAACUAUUCCUGGUCUAUUAAUUACUGGUGGUGCACCAAAUUCUCGUAUAAUUCUUUGGUCAAUCGAAGGAAAAAUCAUACAAAAACAAGCAUCAUUUAAUUUACAACGAAGACCAAAUGCAUUAAUCUGGUUAUCAAAUGAAGAAUUAGUUAUUGGGGAUGAACAUGGAAAUAUUUAUCGAUGGAAUGAAAAAGAACAAAAAUUAAUUAAAUUUAUUAAUCAAUCAUUAUCCGAUAAACAAAAUGAUGAAGUUCAACUAUUUGCUAUUGCUAAUAAACAAAAAUUUAUUAUGGCAGUUGCAUACAAAUCAGGUUUUAUCUAUAUUUGUCAUGUUGAUAUUGAGAAAAAUCAAUUAAAUAUGUUACAUAAAAUAUUACCUGAUUCAGCAAACACAAUAUGUUGUUCGAUACAAUUCGCUCAUUCUGAAUGUCCAUUAGAUCGUAGUACACUUUUCUAUAUAAGUUAUGGACAUGGUUGUAUAAAAGUAUGUGAUUAUACAAAUGGAAAAAUUCUUGGACAAUUAAUGCUUGUUAAACAAACGAAAAAUAUGAUUAUGAAUAAUGAUUCAAGAUGCAAAACUUAUUAUCCACUUGCUUGGAUUGAUGCAAAUACUUUGCUAACUGGAAAUCUUGAUGGUUAUUUAAUCAAAAUUGAUAUUCGUCAUUCAUCACAUUUAGAAAAAUCUCAGCUGAAUGUUACACCAGCAGUAUCAGGUGGUAAACCUAUUUUUUCUAUUGUUAUCAAAGAUGAUAAAACUUUAUUUACAUAUUCAUUUAAUCGAAAGUUAUGUAUUUAUGAUCUUCCAUCAUCGACAUUAAUAAAUUCUCUUGUAUCAAUACCUGGUUCGGUUAAUGUUAUACAAGCAUGUCCUCUUCAAACAAGCUGCAUUGCGUUAGGUGUUGAUACAGGAAAUAUAGGUGUAUUAGAUUUAUCAUUAUCAAAUUCACCUUCUCUUUCAUUUCUUUGGCAAUCAAUUCCAGCUGAUGUUUGUCAUUUAGCUUGGCAUCCUAUUCGGGAAGGUCGAAUUGCGUAUUCGACACGUUUAGGUCAUAUUGCACUUUAUGAUACACUUACAGGACGUUCACGUGUUGUUUAUGAUUGCAAAUAUACUCAACCAGGAUCACCAAUAAAUGUACUUUGGGGUCCAUUAGUACCUGCUUUUACAGAAGAUCGAACAUUAGCAAUUCUUUAUUCAAUUGGAGAUGGAAAAUUUCAUCGAUGGGAUAGUCCAGAGAAAAAUUGUUUGCCAGCUGAUCUUACAUCAUUAGUAACUGAAUCAAGUAAUACUUCAGUAUUAACCGUUGGUUUCAGUGAUGAUCAUAAAUAUUUAUCUAUUAUUUGUUCUGAUAGUUCUUUAUUUGUACGUUCAUGUCCAUCUUUAUCAUCUAUGCAUCGGUUGUCUAUUAAUUGUUUACCUACUCUUCUUUAUUAUCAUCCUCGAUAUUUAUUAUCAUCUACUGAUGCAUCAUCGAAACAAUAUUGGAUUGCUGUUAAUGAUAAACAUAAUAUUCGAUUAAUUGAUACUUCAGAAUCAAAUUUAUGUAUUCUCAAUGAUCUUAUUGGUCAUACAGGUGAUAUUGAAUGUUUAGCAUGGAGUCCAUCGGUUGAUUAUCUUCUUGCAUCAGGUUCACAAGAUAAAACUAUUCGAUUAUGGAAUGUUGAAACUAUUACUCCAUUAAAAGUUUAUAUUGAACAUUCUGAUAUUGUUCUUUCACUUAUAUUUUCAUCAUGUGAUACAAAUUAUAUUCUAUCUGGUUCACGUGAUCAAUCAUUACAUAUUUGGAGUAUUGAACAACAUACACAAUUACCAGAUCAAACAAUACCUAUUAGUACUAUUGAAGAUGAAGAUGAAACAAAUAGUAAUAAUGGAAAUAGAAAACGACAUAAUAAACCAAGACCGAAUAGAGCUGAACGUGAAAAAAAACGAGCUGCAAAAACUACAGUGAGUAAUGGUCAAAAUGAUCUUCUAGUUUCAUCUACGAAUAGUAUUAUGAAUGAAUUAAAUUCUUUGUCUUAUCGUUUAUUAUGGCCAUUGGAAACGGAUCGUCAGAUGAUUUCAGAUUUAUCAACAUUACCAGACAGAACAAGUUUGAUUGAAAGAAUAAAACAACAAGAUUUUGAUUCAACGAACAGUUUUAUUUAUCAUUUAUUGUAUUGGUCAGGUGAGAAUACUCAAUUGUUAAAUGAAUUAUGUAAACGAAAUACAAUAUCUUCAAAUCAACUCUGUUUUUGGAUGACUAUUUUGAAUAAUUCAAAUGAUGUUCAAUCAUUAUAUAAUCGAACAUUUGAUUGGAUAAAAGAAAAUAAUGAAACUCAUACAUUAGAAUAUAUGACAAUGAUGAUUAAAGAAAAACGAAAUCAAGAUUUAUUAGAAUAUCUUAUUAACCAGGAUUAUAUUGAGUCUUCACUUCUUUUGGCUAUAUUAUUGGAAUGUAUUGAUCAAAUUCGUGAUCGUAUACCAGCUUCAUUAGAAACGGAAGAUACUUAG